AGCUUGAUUGAUCUAACUAUAAUUUUAUUAAGUAAAUAUAUAUAAUACAUAGUUUGCGUAUAUAUAUACGGACAAGCAUGCACUCCCACACACUUGCAUACUCAAAGGCUUCUUCUUCUUCUUCUUCUUCUUCUUCUGGAUAAGAUGGCGGCGAGGCUUCUAUCCACCGGUCUCCGGCUAUCGACCUUGCCGGAAAAAUACGUCCGGCCUGCUUCCGACAGGCCACAUCUCUCCGAGGUCUCUGACCUUCAAGAUUUCCCUCUCAUCGAUCUCUCUUGCUCCGAUCGAUCUCGAAUCGUCCACAAAAUCCACCGAGCUUGCAUUCGAUUCGGAUUUUUCCAGGUCAUAAAUCACGGGGUUUCCAAGGAAGCCGUAGAGAAGAUGCUUGAAGUGGCGAACGAGUUUUUCAGUUUGCCCGUGGAGGAGAAGAUGAAGCUAUACUCAGAGGACCCGACAAGGACGACGAGGUUGUCGACGAGCUUCAACGUCAAGAAAGAAGAGGUUCACAACUGGAGAGAUUAUCUCAGACUCCAUUGUUACCCUCUCCACAGCUACGCCCAUCAAUGGCCUUCCACCCCUCCUUCUUUCAAGGAAAUUGUAAGUAAAUAUUGCACAGAAGUGAGAGAACUUGGGUUUAGGAUAGAGGAAAUGAUAUCAGAGAGCUUGGGACUAGAGAAAGAGUACGUCAAGAAUGUACUUGGAGAGCAAGGCCAGCACAUGGCCGUGAACUACUACCCUCCUUGCCCCGAGCCCGACCUAACGUACGGCCUUCCCGCUCACACCGACCCUAACGCCCUCACCGUUCUCCUCCAAGACGCAGCCGUCCCGGGCCUCCAGAUCCUCAUCGAGGAUAAGUGGUUCGCCGUAAAACCGUGCCCUGACGCCUUUGUCAUCAAUAUCGGAGACCAACUCCAGGCAUUGAGCAAUGGGAUAUACAAAAGCGUUUGGCACAGAGCUGUCACAAACUCGGAGAAGCCGAGAAUAUCGGUAGCCUCGUUCUUGUGUCCUUCCGACAGCGCAGUCAUCAGCCCAGCCGAGCCCUUGCGGGAGGACGAAACUGGGGCUGUCUACAGGGACUUCACGUACGCUGAGUACUACAAAAAGUUUUGGAGUCGAAACUUGGACCAAGAACAUUGCCUCAACCUCUUCAAGAACACAUAAAAUUAUGACAUUAGCCCCGACAUGUUUCGUUCCUCGUAUCUAUACACCGCAUUACAUAAUGUAUUGGAAACAAUUAAUGUUCGGUAAUUCUUAUAAGCCAUUGUCGUUGUACGGUAAAAUGGAAUAUAGUAUAUGCAUGCAUGAGCAAGGAACGAAUGUUACGUACGAAUAAAGUGGUGUCCGUAACAUUUGGCCGCUCUUCUGGUC